CUGAAGUAUCGAGUAAUGUAUUACUCAAUAUUUCAGCUAAAGCAUCAAGUCAUGUAUCAUUAUUGCAAUCAUCUUCAGCAACUAUACAAAGUUCUCUGCUAUCUAUUAAUACUAAGGCAAUCCUAUGUAUACAUUUAGAAGAAAUUAAUUAA